AUCACUUUUUCGGUUUUUCCUCGCGUGCUCGCCAGAUUCCAAUUUGGAGUUUUUAAUGCACGACUGUAUCCUUUUUCAUCUUUGCACGAUAUCCCUCCUGUUCGCACUACAGUGCGCUUAAAUUUUCGGUGUGUUGAUCUUGCUUCCUUUUCUCGCUGCACUGGAAAUGGGAUUUAAAAAGCGCCGUCGCCUCAGCCUGGCAUCGCUACAGGAAAUAUCGCGGAAGCAUGCGGUUGCGUUGGACGAUCGCGUCGACAGCGUGGAUGUGUGGACGGAUGAGGGCCAGCUGCAGUACGGACGGGUGGUGGACGCGGGCUCAGGCGGCCUCUUCAUCGACUUGCUCUGCCCCGAUCGCCGUCGCCACUUCGUCCCCUUCGGCCGCGUCUUCCGCAUGCAGGAGGGUUGCGAGCUGCGAGACUGCUGGGCGCCGUGUCCGGUGGAGGUCCUCUGGCGCGCCCAUCCCCGCGGACCCUGGACCUGGGUGGGAGCGGAGCUGUUGGUGCUGCACGCGGAAGGCUACCGGCGCCUGAACGCGGGGAUAAUGCGGCUGUACGACGCGGUCGGGGCCGGUCGACGGGGACCCCUGCACGUCAUCCCACGCGCCCGGAUCCGCCACGCCGGUAAGGAUGCGGUCGCAGGCAGCGGGAACAGCGUUCUGGCUGGCGCGCACGGCCGACCCCCCGGGGAAGAGGAGCUGCGGCGCUAUUACGGGGAGGCUUACACUCAGCUCUUGGUCGGUCCGGAGACGUUCGUCUUCGGCCAACUGCAGUUGCCGGCGGCGUGUGCCGCUGCAGCGGAGGAGACGCAGCGCUAUCUGAUGGAGGCCUGGUUGCACCGUCCUCCCUUUCGGUGGCCGGCGUUUGAGUUGUUGCGUCGGCUGGAUGAGGGUCGCACGUGGUUGUACGUGGAGCGCACAGGCUUGGACGUUGGGAGGUCAAGGUGAGUGGGGCGGGCUGGCUUCUGAUGGCAUCCCUAAACAGAAUAUGAGCGAUUCCUGUGCUGAGGAGCGUCCGGGAGGUUACGCCACGUCUGCCGUUAGCGCUGCCGCGGAUGCUCCGCAUGCUGGAGGUGCCCGUGGCCAUGGAGGCCGCCGAUGGCGAGGGACUGCAGCAGUUGCCGGUGGAGUUGUUAUCUGCGGUCUUCUCCCAUCUGGACACGGCGGAGCAGACGCGUCUGCGCCCGGUGUGCGCCCUGUGGGCCGCCGUCGUGCAGUCGCCCUCCCUAGCCUCCGAUCUCAUCAUCAGCGGACGUGACGACUACGCUCUCCUGGCCAGCCUCGUCCACGCUCUCCGCUCCUCCACCCACCGCGUCGUCCUCCGCGACGGCGACCUAGACAGCCUCCUGAAAGUGGGCGAUGCGGCCGCGCACUGCCCGGGGAUCCGUGUGCCCCGCGUCCACCUCCAUCGUCUGAAGUGCCGGUUGUCCGUGGACGCCUGCCCGCACGUCUCGCGGUGUGGCUACGGCUGCGCGGUGAGCCAUUUUGCGGAGGCACUGCGCCGACUGCCGUGCGAGGAGGUUUCGCUGCUGCAGUGUCGCGUCGACCUGCUGGACGUGGACUGCUGGGAUGAUGAGAACCCGUUGUAUUGCGACAUGGACAUCCCUGUCAAUAUUCCCGUAGCACACGUCCCGCCGACGAGCGCGGUGGAGGAGCAGGUGUGGGAGCUUCUGGAGGCGGGUAUGGCGUGGACGGCAGCUGCGGAUGAUAAGCAGCACGCCGCCGACUGGCUGGCGGAGAUGAGAGCAGACCAGCAGUCGCUUGACCAAGUGCAGCGAUCCCUACUGAACAGGCUGUGCGAAACGGUGUGCGCGCUGCAUCACGCGCUGCGGCGCGCCGGUGCCCCGCUGUCCGAGCAGUGCAGUGCGCUGCUGCAUGCGGACGUGGAGCGUGCGGCGCCGCUGCUGCUGGCCGGCCUGGUGCAGUCCGCCCAGCAGUGGGAAGUGCGCCACGACGGCACUCUGGAGGGACAACAAACAGAGGAGAGGAAGGCUGAUCGGACGCUGCUGAAGGCCCUCGUGGACACGCGCAUCGCUCGCUGAUCGCCUGCUGCCUGUUCCUGCCUGUUUCCCUGGUGUCUGCAGCUGUUGUUUGAGCUUUCUCUGCCUGCGCUGGUUUGUAGCGGGUGGUUUUCUGUGGUUCGGUUGUAAAAAUUUUAUUUGUCUUUUUGUGGUGAUUCUCUAGUCGUGCCGGACUAAAUAAUCAUUUUGUGAUAAUCAGUUACAAAAUAACAGAAAAUCGGCGCCGGUUAACCCAGUACAGACCAAUGAGCAUAGACCACCGAGAUU